AUGAGUGAAACCGUCGUAAAAGCUCCUAUUACGCUACAGGACCUGUUGAAGGAUUCAAGAUUUCAAGAUGUUCAGCCAGAAGGUUCUCUUAAUACUCAACAGGCCCAGUAUAGUACCUGCAUUAACCUCUACAUCAAGGGUGAUAAGAAAGCUUGUCUGGAGAGGAUGUUUACCUAUGAAUUGUUGGCCAAAGAAACACUGCGAAGCAACUUAAACAUAUGGAAGCUCUUUUUGAGUAUUUGCUUUGAUACACCCUUCGAAGUGUUUGGUGUCAGUAUUCAAAAUGUUCUCAAAAGGGAGUUUUCAGCCACAGACAUACCGCAGGUAAGGUCACUAGUUCAAGGAGAGCCCAUAGGUGAACAAAUAGGUAUUAUGAUCAAAUACCUUACUUGUAUCCUUAAGUGCCAUUCGUUCUUUGUUGCGGAAGAGACUGCCAGGCCAAAUGAUUUGGAAACUUCUACAAGAGAUUUCAUUAUAAAUAUCAGCGGUACCGCACAAACUAAAGACGAUGUAAGACAAUUAAAAGAUCUAGUGGAAUUUUAUCUGUUGGACUUACAAGUGACGGCACUGCGGAAAAGGAAGUCCCCAGCCCUAUAUGAAGACAUUUGUGAGCAGGUACCAGGUCUCCAUUCGCAAUUUAGCGUUGAGAAUGGUGACAAUCCUACUUUUGAAGCUGAAUUGCUCACGAAGCUAAGUGAUCCAAUUAAGAAAAAAUCGAGAAAGGCGUUGCGUAAGAAGAAGUCCAAAUCCCUGCCGAUGGGCACGCCAGCACCAUCUACGCUAGGUGUCACAAAAAAUUUGCAACCGCUAGAUGUUCCCAAGACUUUGAGAUGGUUGCAUAGCCUAAAAAAGCUGCUGUCAUUCCGACAUAGCAGUCGUGCUUUAGCAGUAAUAAUACUAGCCAUUCUUUUUUCAGUCAAACGUGCUCAAACUCUGUCCAUAAUAGCCAAUCGUGGAAUUCAGGCCACCAAAGUGCUCUUCAAGUACAUAUACAACAUUAUUCAGAUCCUGCUAAGCAUAUGA